AAUGACGACAAAAUGACUAAUGCCAUCAUAUCCUGAUAGCACAUGCGUUUACACACACCACCGUUCAUUCAAACAGGCUCUCGUCUGGUUUGCUUGUUCGCUCGCUCUCUUCUCUCUUGUUUUCACUGACAGAUUAGACUGACAACUUUCAAAUCAGAUGGAUGCUUGUUAAGUCUUCUUAAGUGUUGGUAAGUGAGAGAGAAAAAAAGGACGACCCAAACCACCGGGAUCUCAUUCAUCGGAAUAUUACCAAAAUAUUGUAUUUUUAUUGUUGAUUUGCUUGAUGUAGGACCGUCACUAGCUUCCUCGGAGUAUUUACCGUUUCAGUUUCAACAAUAUACAUUGUAAAAAAAAAAAAAAUAUAUAUAUAUAUAUAUAUAGUUUUAAUUUUCUCUGCAACGAAAUGUUCAUAGAUCAGCUUACAACAUUUUCUUUCAUAAAUGACAUAAAGAAGCUUCGUCCUCCAAAUCGGAAGUGUAUAGAUGAACACUUAUCUCAAGUAAAAGAGAAAAGCAAGCUUCAUAAACAAUAUGUAAAUGAAGAAGAAACUGUUCGACAGACAUUGAAAGAUGUGUACACUGAACGGACUGAAUACACUAAACUGCAAAGUCGGACUAUUUCAGAUUUAAAAUUACUUAAAUCAGAAAUCAUUCAAAAGAACAAUACCUUGUCAAAUUUGCAAUCAGGUUUAACGUAUAAGAAUGAAAACAAGAUAAAUGAAGCUAUCAAGAAUUUGGAGCGGCAAUUAAACUGUAACAACUUUACACUUCGUGAAGAAAAGAAAAUUGUUGCAGAGAUAGACAGCUUGAAGAGAUCUAAGAAACCUUUAGCGAACUAUAGGGCACAAAAGAAAGAAAUUGAUGAACUCAGGGCACAACAGACGAAAAAACGCAAAGAAAAUGAUGAUUACUAUCACAAAAUUGUUCACCUUCGGGAUAAAGAAGAAGAAAAACAAAAACGUUUAGUGUUCUUACAGAAAAGCAUUAAAGAACUGCAUUCAGAAAUUGAAACGUUAGAAGAACAAAAGAGAAUACUUUUAGCUGAUUUCAAGAAACAAGAAAAAGACUACAAUGUCAUGAAAGACAUUGCUCGUAAGAAGAAACACAAACGUACUCAACCUCAAGAAGAAGAAAAAACACAGCAUGAAAAAAUAACUAAUUAUAUAAGGGAAGAAACAGUUGCUUCUCCAAACCCUAAUGCCAAACGUAUUCAGCAUUGCAACAUAUUAAUUAAUUACCUACAACAGUUUACCAGUUUCAAUGCAGUUUUAGGUUCUAGUCCAUUACCCUCACCAUCAGAGGAAUUUGUAUCUAUUCCAGGUCCUGCUUUAGAGAUCAAAGAUGAUGAUGGAGCCAAAUAUGUUUUAUUAAAGAAAAGCAAUGAUACCUUCUUUAAAGAAUUUAGUGUAAAUAAUCGGCAAAAUAGAAAAAGUCGGAAAGGACGGAAAAAAACUUGUAACAAGCCUUUAGCACAUUCUCCGGAGAUAUUUUCUUUGUUUGAAAGUGUUAAUUUACCACCCACUUCAAAUUUCUGUGACAUUUUCUCAACAAUUGAUAAACUCCAACAGUUAAAGAACCAACUAGAAAAAGCGGGACUACAAAAGGAUAAUUGUAAAGAAAAUGGUAGUGUUACUUCAGAUGAUAUUUGCUUAAGUGACUCUGGUUACUCAGCUGAUGGGAGUGCUGUGUGUGAUCUUUCUCGGCAGGUUAGUCACCGAGGAAGUACAGACAUGAUUUCUAAUCCUACCAGUUUAUUAGACAUCAACCAGAUGAGUGAUCCAAGUAGCAAAUCCACAACAGUGUCCUCACUAGAAGUCGAAAGCAAUGAGGUAGAAGACGAGGAAAGUUCUGAAAGUGAUGGAAACAGUUCACCCUUAUCAUUAAAUAAAGAAAGAUUAUCUUUGAUAUUAGACAAUGUACGUCGGUUAUCUGUCGAAGAUACAUUUGAUAGUACUGACUUUGAUAGUGAGAACCAAACAAAUUCUGACUUAAAAUAAUGCAAUUUUAGGUAAUAUAUUUUGAAAUGUAUAGAAUCUAUUUUUGUAUAUACUGGAUUUUUAGAAUGAUUCAAAAGUACCAGCUCUAUUAUUCAUUUCCACAAUUAUUCACAAACAUUUUGAAUAAUUAUUUACUUCAAAAAUUCUUUGGAGUAAAAAUAUGCAAAACUUUUUUUAGAGCUGAUAAGAAAAUUUUUUUAAUUUUUGGUUAACAUCUGUCUUACAUAGACAUCAUUCCAAUCUGAAAUUAUUAUUUUUUUUUUUUUCACAUUCAUUUAUUCUUCUUUUGUUACUGCAGGUUGUAUAGUUCUGUAACUUUAAACAUUUUCGUUAAUUUUUGGAGUAAAUGAAUUUUUAGCUUAAUGUCAUUACAUAACAUUUUUAUGAAGCAUGAACGAUACUUUGCUUUCUUGCAAAGUAUAAACUGAACCAAACAGGAGAAUGUACUUGAAUUAAGAAUAUAAUGUAAUGAUUGAGAUAAGAUAUUAAGCGAUGAUCUAUAAUAGUUCAGGAAAUUGUUGAGAACUUUAACUACAUACUCUAAAAUAAAAAAAAAUUUUAAAAACCCAGAAAACAGAAAAAAAGUACAGUAUAAGUGAGUUAUUCAAGAAUGUGGGUUUAACCUUUUCACUUCCAUCAAAUCAUGGACCAUCUUUUAUUAAAGUGGUUUUUAUUUAAAUUAAAAUCUCAACCAAAAUCUACUCGCUACCAGAAUGGUAAUGCAAAAUUUCCACAGAUAAAUUUUUAUUUUUAAGUUAAAUUCAAAAAUCAAUUUAAUAUCCCAACAAGUAUUAUAUUUUAUUAAACUAUUCCAAAUUUUAAUUAUUGUGAAAAUUACUUGAAACACAUAGGCUGUCUAUCAUUUCUAAAAUAAUGGUAGCAAAAGCUUUAACCCUUUUGAUGCCAACCUGCCUGAGACUACUUCUGAUUCUCUGAUACAAACUUCUUGUUUUUAAGUGAUCUAAAUUAAUCCCUCAAGUAGGAAACACCAAUUUCAUAACGACAAAGCUAAUUAACUAAAUUCUUCAUUAUUUUCAAAAUUAAUAGAAAGUAAAUCAGUAUAUUUCAACAGAAAUACGGUAACAAAAGGGUUAAGCUAUGGAAAGGCAGCAUAUGCAACUGUAUUUGUCUCUUACAAUUUAUUUAAAAGUAUAAAUUUUCUCUCUUUCGCAUUCAAGUGGUACACAUUAAUAAAAAAAAAAAACAAACAAGAACCUAUCCAACUGUAAAAUACCUGCUCUAACAAUUUAUACAAAAUGUUUAACCUUGCAGAACCAUUCAUGCUAAUCCAAACUUAGUUUUAAAAAAUGUAUUUAUUGAGCAUUAUCAAAAAAAAAAAAAACAU